GUACAAAGGACGACGUCCUGAGUGUCAUGCCCCCCAUGUCCCCAAUCAGCCCUCAGAAGCAGCAGCUCACUUUUACUUUGAACUGGCUAAGACUGUGCUGAUCAAAGCUGGAGGAAACUCCUCCACCUCCAUUUUCACUCAGCCCUCAGCCAGUGGGGGGCACCAAGGUCCACAUAGAAACCUGCACCUAUGUGCCUUUGAGAUUGGCCUGUAUGCUCUUGGCCUCCACAAUUUCGUUUCACCUAACUGGUUGUCCAGGACCUAUUCCUCCCACGUGUCCUGGAUCACGGGCCAAGCCAUGGAAAUCGGCAGUGCUGCCCUCAACAUUUUGGUGGAAUGUUGGGAUGGUCACCUGACCCCUCCAGAGGUGGCAUCCCUUGCGGACCGAGCAUCGCGAGCAAGGGACCCCAACAUGGUUCGGGCAGCAGCAGAGCUGGCCUUGAGCUGCUUGCCUCAUGCUCAUGCCCUCAAUCCUAAUGAAAUCCAAAGAGCUUUGGUGCAGUGUAAAGAGCAGGAUAAUGUCAUGCUGGAGAAGGCCUGCAUGGCAGUAGAGGAAGCAGCUAAGGGUGGAGGUGUCUACCCCGAGGUUCUGUUUGAGGUGGCUCACCAGUGGUACUGGUUGUAUGAGCAGUCAGUAGGUGGAGGAUCAAGCCAACAACGGGAAACAUCCGGCCGAUGUGGGGCAAACGGCGGUUCGGGCAGGAGGCCCCCAGAGUCUAACUGUGGUGUUCUUGACAGUGGAGUCAACAUGGAGUCUCCAGGGGUAGCAACAGUCACAGCUUCCGUCACUGCAGCCGCUGUCGUACCAGUUAUCUCUGUAGGGUCCACCAUUUACCAAUCCCACGCUAUGCCUGGCCAGGCUAUGGCUCACCCCCACACCCCAGGCCUCCACCCAUACACCACUAUCCAGGCCCAUCUCCCCACCGUCUGCACGCCCCAAUUCCUAGGGCACCCUCUGCAGCAUGUCCCCCGGCCCACCGUCUUCCCUGUGUCUGGGGCUGCAUAUCCACAGAUGACUACCACAGCCUCCUGCAGAAGAUUGCAGUACUGGAGACAAAAAUUCAUCGCUUAGAAGUAAACGUGGAGGUAAAUGGACUGUGUGGAAAUGAAACAACCUUGCCUUUGAUUCAAAACAAUGGCGAUGAGCAAGCUAGUACACAGCUAA